GAUGCGUGUACGCGAUUCGCUAAUUGCGACAGGAAUAAAAAUACUUUGUUCGCGCGCCGCUCAAAGCCGCCGCCGCCGCUGCGAAUCGACGGUGAUUUCACACGUCGCGCAUAUAUAUAUUCAUGUAUUCUAACUGUUUGCGGGGAAAACAGUUUAAUUAAUAACCCAAUUUCCGUCACCACGCCCAUACACGUAUACACGCCGCAUACGACGCCUGCACAUGCAUGAACAAUCGCGCUCGUUUGUGUCCCGCGACCCGCCCGCAUAGAAAAUUUUUUGGGAUCUAAUUGGGGGGGAAGGACUUCGGACUUCCCAAGGCCGAUUUCCUAAAAUGAAUUUUAGUUGGGAAAUCUACGAAGAUUCUAAUUAAAGAAAUGUAAUGUUUCAAACGCACGAUUCGAAGGGGGAAACACAAACAGUUCCUGUUCAGCCACCUCCAACGUUCUCUCGAAGAUUGUUUCUGGUUUCCAUUUUAAACUACGAGAUUGAGCAAAAUAUACGAAACACUUGAAGUAGUUGUAAUUUACACUUUACGCGCGCGCUAUCAAAUACAUAUAAGGUGCGUUCCGGUACUCGCUGUGCAGUAAUGAAAAUCUACAGUAUGCGUAACAUAAACUCGACUUUUAGUAUCGGCAGUGAAUUUCGGAACGCAGCCGUGGUAAUAUUAAAAUCUGGGAUAUAACUGUAUAAACUUGGGGAUAGCUGUGGAUAUCCCAAUUGAAAUCUGUGCUGUAUGCGGGGAAAUUUCUGGGAAAAUUUCUAUGCGGGCCUGGAAACGUGGGAUUUCGUCGAACUCGAGCUUUGCAAUGACCGCAAGUAGUCUAGCCGCGCGCUUGUCCGGCGAGAGAGCGCGAAGGGACGAACGUCGAAUUGAACGAACUGUGGACAACCGAUCUUUCACUCGAAGAGACGCGGACACCGUCGGCGACGUCGUCGACGCGACGACGAUGAGCGAACACGAUGACACACGCGUAGCCGAUAGCCGGUAAAAAGAAAGUGCUGACCUAAGGACGGGAAAGCAAGUCCCGACGGAACAUUAUGCCGGACAAAAAUCCGGGACAAUGCCGAGAUGGACAACGCGACAAAGAUUUCCUCGCCGGCGAGAUCUCAUCCAUCGGCAUGUCGCUGCGGCCCAGCGGGAGCGCAUCCUCCGGCAUCUCGACCCUCGCGAGUUGCGGCGAGGUCGACGCGUUGCCGGAGCUCCCGGCACAGGAUGAAGAACGCCUGCAGCGCGCUGCACGCUUGCUGCAGCAGAGGCUGGUGCUACGUCAAUGGUUGACGGAUCAUGGCCUACACAGCUAUUAUCAAAAGUUGAUGCAAAUGGAAGUGAUGUCCCUGGAGGAUGUAUACUGGGUGGAGGACAAUGCGGCAAGAGCGGCUCUUGGCAAGGAUCUACCGCGGUGGAUACAGGCCAGACAGACUCUGCCUAUCUCGAAGGAAGAUUUGGAAACCCUUAAAGCGGAUCUGUGGAGCGCCGUGGUAAAGAACAGUCAACACCAGGACGCUUGGACAUGGGGCGGUAUGCUGGUAGUUUCCGUGUCGGUAGCGGGGCUGGUUACCCUGGCCGCUAUGACGCAGCCCGCUCUGGCGCCCGAAGCGAAACACUCACUUCUGCAGUACGUCACAGGGAAAUAUUUAUUGCCGAGUAACUGCCGCGUUCAUUUCGAGUGGGAAGAGCCCCAGCUGGUUGGCGAGACGAUGACUUUUACGGUCAAAUUUUAUCAGCGUAACGGUCAGCCGUAUCCGAUAUGCGACAAAGACAACUUGAUCGUGGAGGUGACGGAGGACCCGCGCCGAGUCGCCACGCUGAUCGAACUGGGAGGCACCGACCCCUUAGCCGCGAACACCGCAGUGGUGAAGUUUACCGUCCGCCAUGCGGGACAAUACCGAAUAGCCGUACUUAUCGGAUCGUGUCACGUUCACGGCAGCCCGUUCCUCAAGAAUUUCCUUCCCGGUCCUCCGGAUCCUAACAAGACGGUGUUUGUACGGCAAAGUUCUACUGUCGUCUUUAGAGCUGGCAUAGUGCACACGAUGAAAAUAGAGCCACGCGACGAGUAUGACAAUCUGUGCAUAUUUGGGCCCGGAGAUCUGCCUACGAAAGGUUAUAACGUCAAUAUUACUGAGAUCGGUAACACAGCGGAUAAAGGAACUAUGAUACACUGCACUAUAGACCAUACUAUCGAGCUCGACUACGACUGUCCGAAUAAAAGGAUUCGGCUGAAAGUGAGUUUCCCGGUGGGCGGGUGUUACCAUGCGACCGUCACUUUAGCGGGGCUGAAACUGCACAACGGGGACUUCGAUAUUAUUGUGCUCGAGAGUGAUGACGCGCGAAACGUGCAUGAUCACGUAACUUUGAAGAACCCCGCUUUUUGUUACGGCGCGAAACUGCUGGGCAUGCAGGGGGAAAAGUUCUCGAAGCCGAAGAAAGUCUUCUGCUUCAUCUCGCCUAAGCAGCUUACGAUUAAGGAACACGUGUUGAAAUUCUUCCACAAGAGACUCGUGACGUUUCGACUGUGCCCGUCGACCAAGUUCCACUUUGAGAAUUCGAUUACCCGACACGAGGGCUACCAUCGCUUCUCGAUAGACGACGGAUGCCAACCGCCCGUCGAACUAAUAUCCGCGUACCGCGACAUAAUAGUCGCUACGUUCACCUUGUUCCUCCUGAAAAACAUCGGCGGCAGCGAGACCUUCGCCGACAAGCAAGACUUUUUCUAUCACGAGGUCCGCAAGCGCCAUCAGAAGAAUGAUCACGAGAAACUGCCGAUGAAAGUGCAGCGUGAUAAACUGCUGGAGUCGUCUAUGAAAGCUACCAAAGUAUUUUCCUUCAUCGAGUGGUGCCGCAACUUCGAGAUUACCUUCCAAGGCGAGCAAGGCGUCGAUUGGGGCGGUGUGCGGCGCGAAUGGUUCGAAUUGAUAUGCGCGGCCCUGUUCGACCCGGGAAACGGCCUGUUCGUGUCGUUCGGCGAGUCGCAACAGGCACUGGUGCAUCCCAACUGCAAACGGCCUCCGGAACUGAAGUUGAAGCACUACGAAUUCGCCGGCCGUAUCGUCGGCAAGUGUCUCUACGAGUCCGCGCUCGGCGGCUCCUAUCGUCAGUUGGUGCGCGCGCGAUUCACCAGGUCCUUCCUUGCGCAGAUUAUAGGACUCAGGGUACACUACAAGUACUUCGAACAAGACGAUCCCGACCUGUAUUUGAGCAAGGUGAAGUAUAUCCUCGAGAAUGACGUCGAGGAAAUGGAGCUGUACUUCGUCGAGGAGGAAUACGACAAUGACGGUCAAUUGUUGAAGGUGGCGGAAUUAAUUCCCGGUGGCAGCAAAGUCCGAGUGACUAACGACACCAAGCUCCGUUACCUGGACGCCCUCGCUCAGCACCGGCUGGCCAGUUCCAUUCGCAACGAGGUCGAUCACUUCCUGCGCGGUCUUAACGAAUUAAUUCCCGACAACCUCUUGGCGAUAUUCGACGAGAAUGAAUUGGAGUUGCUGUUAUGCGGCACCGGCGAAUACAGCGUGGCGGAUCUGCGCGCCCACCACAUAGCUAACGGGAGUUCCCCGGAAUUUCUCCGAGUCCUCGACUGGUUCUGGACGGCGGUGAGCAACUUCACGCAGGAGCAGAUGGCACAGCUGCUCCAGUUCACCACAGGCUGCUCGCAGCUGCCGCCCGGCGGCUUCCAACAGCUCAGCCCGCGUUUCCAGAUCACGGCGGCGCCGACGUUCGCUAACUUACCUACGGCACACACCUGCUUCAACCAACUCUGCUUGCCUGACUACGAGUGUUACGAUCACUUCGAACGAGCCUUGCUGUUGGCGAUCACUGAGGGCACCGAGGGUUUCGGCAUGAUCUAACCGGAGAACCUGUCCAGAACCCAUUGCACCUCUAGUCGAGUCUAGUUAGAACGACAUUGUUGAUUAAAGUAAUUAUUUAUCCACCUUCCCUUUGAUAGUGAGAACAAGAAAAGACCAUAGUCCUUCUCGGAAAAAUAGAUCCUGUACGAAUCUGUCCCGCCUGGCGGCCCGCCCGAUCUAUGGCGGCGUCGAGAAGCGAAGGCGACUCUCUCUCUCUCUCUCUCUCCCUCUCUCUACAUAUAUAUCGCACGUUUUGAUAUGUAACCGAUUAGAACUUUUGGACGUUUACUUUCUUUGUUUACGCCGAAGACUAUCAAGAACAAUCUAAUCUUCCGACCGGUGUAGAGGACGCAGUUCUACCGUGCCGCGGCGACGUUUUUUAUUAAAAAAAAAGAAAAAAAAAGAAACGAACGGAGGAUAUUCUUCACAAGAGCAAUGUUACCUCAACAUCAAAAUUGCUCAAUAUUAUCGUAUCGAGAUCUUAGCGUAGUAGCCGAGACUCAUGAUAGGUUUUAACAAAAGGAAAAAAAAAUGGGGGGAAAAAAAGGUAAAAACGUGUAAAUUACGUCGACGCGCGUCUCUUCUCGAGCGACGACGUCUGUAGCCGCGACGUCCGUAAUAAUGACAUAACGACAACUGUUACAUAUACAUAAGAAAUGAAGUCGGUGCGCACUUGCCACUUGCGAUCUGAGAUCGUUUUUAGUAGUAUUUUUCAGCGCAUUCCGUUCGUCAGUAUUCGUUCGUACAUUCUGCCGCGAAGUAGCGAUAAGAAGACCGAGGCGUUGAUGAUUUCUUAUAAUCUUGAAGAGCAUAAAUUCACAAAAGCGACGAAUAACGAGAUACUAAUGUACACAUUGCAGCUACUUAUCGUUUACUACUCUCUCUCUCUCUCUUUCNCCCCCCCCUCCCACUCUUUCUUUCGUUCUUCUCCGUACUGUUCUUUUUCCACUUACUAUUAACAGCACAGCGAUUACGGUACCUUCCAAUGAGGAUAAUGUGAGCUAAUUAGCGUGUACAGCCUGUGGAAAAUACAAAAUACCGUAUUCCGAGACGCGCUGAGAUGCGUCACAUUUGUUUCGCGUCGACGCGACACGCGCGAUCGCCCGGAAAUUGUGAGAAAACGAGAAACACCGUGCCGUAUUUCGGCGGGGAAGUCAACCCGGUACUGUAAACGUUCGCAUUCUGGUGUGUAUUACGUAAUUUAUUUCAAGCGCAAUGAGAACUAUGUACUUACUAAUUGUAAGCGUAGGACUAUGUGGAAAUGUAGUAAAAUCGCCAUAGCCAUAGGCAAAUUCGUUGCAAGAUAAAACGAAUGGCCGACGAUCGCAAAGUCGUCUACUACGCCUCGCAGUAGCAAACAAACUGGCCGCCUCGCCCCCGGGAUUGUCCGCCGGAUCGCGCGCGGACGCGGAGUGCUGACGGUAAUUUAUUUUUAUCAGUUUAUCGUGUUGCGCGAUGGAAUCUAAGAAUAUAGAAUUAAUAAAACCAGGCAUGUAACCAG